AUGAUGAGACCCCAGGAAGCCUAUGAUGAAGACUGCGUGAGAAGCAUAAUUGAUGACGUCACUCAAUCAUCUGUGAUGCGCUUAGACUCAAUCAGCUUAUCAAAAUUGUGGGACCUCAUAACGAUGGUAUUCAAAUGGCAGGUCGCCAUGACAGAUAAUAUCAUUGGCCUGACAUUGCGUCAUCUUUAUGAAAUAGAAACCCACGUAACGAAUCCUGUUGCACAUCAACAGUUACAGAAGGUUCAAAACCUGAUAGAGAACUUCGACAAAAUAUUCGACCCGGACGAAAAGAGAACUUUACACAGUGAAGUCACUAAGUGGCUGAAGAAUUACAAUGUCAAAGUAUCGCUGCUCUUGAGGAUGGGUUUGCAGACCAUGGAUGGGAGUUUUGUACAGGAGAAUUUGAAUCCAAGUGCUGCUGAUAUGUUGAGGAAUUUGGGCGAGAAUAUCUAUCAAGUCACACAGAAUGGCAGAAUACUAGAAAAUACUGAGGACCCAAAUGCCAACUAUGCAGCUCAAAUGUCAACUGUUAAUGAGGUAAAAGAUUUUGCAGAAGAGAUACUAGGAGAAAGAGGAACAAACGAGAACAGCGAAGCAAAUAGAAAUGUUUUCAAGUUGACUAUAAGUAGGGAGAUUGAAAACAAUGAUGGCGUUAACGGUAACAAGAUACUUUUUGACAAUGUUGACGUUGACAUCGUUGGAGAAACAUUUGAGGAUUUGUUGAGAGAUAUUUCGAUAAAUGAAGAUGGGAACAACGAAGAAAAAACUUUACAAGAUGAGCUCAUGAACAUGAUAGUGGGGAACGACAACUGA